CCUUUGUAUUUCAGUAGCCUCCAUUACUUUACUUCAAAUACUUGGUCACUACUUCUCUCUCCAUUGUCUCUUCAUACAGUACUGAAAUUGCGAAAGAACAAAAAGAAAAUAUUGUGAAAGUCGUUUUUGCUUGCUUCUUGCUAACUCAAUUUAUUUUUUCCUGUGCCUCAAUUCAAAGAGUGUCUUUUCUCCUACAUUUCUCGUGAAUCCAAUCCGAUCAGUGUUUUUUUUUUUUAACCCUUCCCUAGGUAAUUCCCAUCACUUUGCUCCUGGGUGACUCGAAUUCACAGCCUCAAAGUUGAAAGUUGAAGGUGCUUACCAUCUAAACAACUCUCUUGUCAAUCGAUCGGUGUUAAAAAGUAAAAAAAAUGGGGUAUGAAGUGUUUGAUAACGUAAAAUAUGAGAAAGCCAGAGCAACGGAAUGUUUCAAUCGGUUUCGGAAGAUGAUGAAGAUGUUGCAAUUUAUUCAAGUGGUCGGGGCCUUCAUGUUGAUUUCAUGGUUCUGGACUCGUCUCCCCGCAACCAUUAAACUCUCUGUUUAUUUGUUCAAUCCUCACGUCGUUUUCCUCAUUGGAAACGCUAUCAUUGUCGUUAUCUUAUUGCUCUGCCGUCAAACCAAAGCCAAUAGCAACUCUGGCACUCCCUAUAUCAACCACGAAAACGUCCGCUCCGGCGAUGAAAAUAAGCAGAUUAUUUUCCCUGAAAGCAACAAUGUUAACGAAGAGACGGCAACGAAGAAGAUACAUAUACUUGAAAGGACUCAACAACAGCAACAACCUAGUACUGUAAUUACACAAGUAGGGCCUGAAAAGGCUAAGAUUUAUACAAACCUUACCCUACCUUUGUGUGGUAGAGAGACUGUUUCUGAUAGAUCCUCUGCUCAAAAGAUACUUCAGAGGACUCAACAACAACGACAACCCAGUGUAGUCCUGCAAAUGGGGUUCAAGGAAGAUAAGAUGUAUGCAAAUUUUACCGUACCUUUGUGUGGUGGAGAGUCUGUCUCCGAUAGACGCUCCGCUCAAAAGAAACUUCAGAGGACUCAAUCCGUGAAAUUGAAGAGAGAGACUGAUGUGAAUCCUCAAACACAGCUCCGGCGUACCAAGACAGACAUGACAACGGCUGUUGACACACUUAGCAACGAAGAAUUUCGGGUUACAAUUGAAGCGUUCAUAAAGAAGAAUCAAAUCUUCUUUGAAAAACAGAGACUAGCUGAAACAGAGCAGUCAAAAUACGUAAAUUGAUCAGAUAAGUUUGUGGAUAGGAUUAUAAUUUGAGCGAUUGUAACAUAUCUUUUACUUCAAAUCCGUAAUAUUACGAGUUCAAAUUUCUAAAAUAUUUUUUCAUACUUAUUUUAUUGCUACUUAUGUCGGAAAAAUUACAAGGUAAUUGCAGUUGAUGGAGCAAUAAUUCGUGAA